UCUCCAUGACCAAAAAAACUAUUUUCAGUCGUUUGAAUGACUUCCCUAGAAGAAUGGCUAGGAAAGAUUAAAGAAUAGCAACCAAAUCCCCAUUUCAUUCUUAUUAUUCCCUUCUUAUCAACGGGUGCCUCGAUAAAAAAGAAAAAGCAAAGUGAAAUUUUUACUUCUCUUUUUAUUCUAUGCCCACUAUCUCUCUUUAAUUAUGUAAAUAGGCUCAAGCUGCUACAAUCCAAGUUGGAGAUAUGCUUUUAAUUCCUCCCACUCUUUCCUCCAACAACUCCACUUGAUCAUCUUUUGCUUUGUGAACCAUCCAACAGAAUCACUAAAAGGUUGUACUAGUAAACAUUUAUUCUUUUAACUUUGAUGUGGGAGGCAAAUGGAUACUUUGUUUAGAUUAGUUACCCUUCAACAACAACAACAAAUCCAACACCAACAACAAUCUGAUCAGUCCUUUAACUCUAGCAGAACUUCAAGCAGCUCUAGAUCUUCUAACAAAGUACAAAACACUACCUAUAGUUCUUACAAUUACAAUCCUCACCAUCAAGAUCAAGACGAAGAAUGCUUCAACUUUUUCAUGGAUGAAGAUGAUUUCUCUUCUUCUUCUUCUAAACACAACUACCCUCCUCCAAGUUACAAUCAGUACCAACAAAUUUCUAACACUCCCACACCAACAACCACUAGCAGUACCCCAACACAACAAUCUUCUCAUCAUCACUAUGAUCAUCAGUUCUCUCCAGCUCGUGACUUGAACGUCGAAUUUGCUUCCUCAUUUUCCGGAAAAUGGGCAACGGAUAUCCUUCUAGAAACUUCCCGUGCGAUAGCCGAUAAGAACAGCACACGUGUCCAACAACUCAUGUGGAUGUUGAAUGAGCUGAGUUCGCCUUAUGGUGACACUGAACAAAAAAUGGCUUCUUAUUUUCUUCAAGCUUUGUUUAGCCGCAUGACGGAUUCUGGUGAACGUUGUUAUCGUACGUUGUUGUCGGCUUCGGAUAAAACAUGUUCAUUCGAGUCAACGAGGAAGUUGGUUUUGAAAUUCCAGGAAGUUAGCCCUUGGACAACUUUUGGUCACGUUGCGUCCAAUGGUGCAAUUAUGGAAGCUUUAGAAGGUGAGAGCAAGUUGCAUAUAAUUGAUAUUAGCAACACUUAUUGUACUCAAUGGCCUACUUUGCUAGAAGCACUUGCUACUCGCACCGACGAAACACCUCAUCUCCGCCUCACCACGGUGGUUGCCUCCAGCAGCGCCACCGUAGGAGCAGCGUCCGUGCAAAAAGUGAUGAAGGAAAUUGGUAGCAGAAUGGAAAAAUUUGCUAGGCUUAUGGGCGUGCCGUUUAAGUUUAAUGUCAUACACCAUAUGGGAAAUUUAUCUGAAUUGGAUAUUGGCGCGUUAGAUAUUAAAGAAGAUGAAGCACUAGCAAUUAAUUGUAUUGGUGCGUUACAUUCGGUUACGCCAGCUGGCAAUAGAAGGGACUAUUUGAUAUCAUUGUUUAGGAGGCUACAACCUAGGAUUGUGACCAUUGUUGAAGAAGAAGCUGAUCUUGAUGUUGGCGUUGAUGGUUUCGAUUUUGUCAAAGGUUUUCAAGAAUGUUUGAAAUGGAUUAGGGUUUAUUUUGAAUCAUUAGACGAGAGUUUUUCGAAAACAAGUAACGAACGUUUGAUGCUAGAGCGACAAGCUGGAAGGUCGAUUGUUGAUUUACUUGCAUGCCCUCCAUCAGAGUCAAUGGAGAGGCGGGAAACAGGGGCAAAAUGGUCACAUCGUAUGCAUGCAGGAGGGUUUAGUCCUAUUUUAUAUAGUGAUGAAGUUUGUGAUGAUGUGAGGGCUUUAUUGAGAAGGUAUAAAGAAGGGUGGUCAAUGACACAUUGUGGUGGAGAUUCCAUCGGAAUAUUCUUGUCAUGGAAGGAAGAGCCGGUGGUGUGGGCCAGUGCAUGGAGGCCUUAAAUUAGACCAAAUUGGUGGUGAGUCGCCAUCGAGAUCCCUCUCUUUGCUCUCUCACUUUAGUUAUUGGAUUUGUUUGGCGUGGAUAUGGAGUCAAGAAAGGUACCUUUGGCUUUUUAUUUGUUUUAAAUGAUAUGAAUAGAAAUUUUGAGAUUUAAUUAGUUGUAACAUACUAAUUCUCUCGGAUAUGAUUAACCUUUUGUUAACAUUGGUGAUUGAUUUCGGCAUUCAAGAAUAGAAAAUUUGGUUUUCCAA